AUGGCCCGAGUCCGAGAGAGCCCAGGAGGCUCCGCAGAAGCUAGUCUGAAAGCGGGGACAGAGCUCGUGCAGAAGAGGAGCAGAAUUCUGGGAGGUCGGGAGGAGUCGCAGCUGCACCCUGGCUGUAAGUCUGGUUCUUCUAACAGUUCUAAUUAUGCAGGACAGAAAGAAGACCAGAUUAUUAUGGCAGACAUGGCUAAGGACAGAAGAACUCAUCUGUUGAAGAAAAGAGAAAGUCAUCAGUUGGCACAGAAGGGGCCACAAGGACGCCCCAAAAACUCCAUGAAUGAUGCGUCUCAUCCAGAUGAAUCUAGUCAGCGCAGUGAUGUCUCCCACCUUCCAAUUAAGAUGGAAAAUACCUAUCAGUUGGGCCCUGCCAGACUUUUCCCUACUGUGGUUGUUAAGAAUCUUUUGAAAGAUGUGUUAACUAACUCUCUAGAAGAAGAGCAUUAUGAGCCAGAGUUCUGUCGACAGAUGACUAAAACCAUUUCUGAGGUUAUUAAAGGCCGGAUCAAGGACUUGAACAUCCCUCGGUAUAAGCUAAUUGUGCUUGUUCACAUUGGACAGCUGAAGAAGCAGGGCAUCCUCAUUGGGAGCAGAUGCCUCUGGGAUCCUAAAAAUGAUACUUUUUCAUCUUACGUGUUCAGAAAUGCUUCUCUCUUUGCUCUUGCAAGUGUCUAUGCCGUUUACUUUGAGUGA